AUGCUCAUCAUCGGGCUCACGGGCUCCAUAGCCACAGGCAAAUCGACAGUCUCCUCCAUCCUAUCGUCCGCACCUUAUUCCCUUCCCAUCAUCGACGCCGACGUCCUCGCCCGUAAGGUCGUUGAACCAGGUACGGCCGGCUACAAAGCGAUCGUCAACUACUUCGGCCCCAGCACACCCGACCUACUCCUCGAGGACUCCACAAAUCCCAAGGGCAAACCACUCAACCGGCCAGCGCUGGGCCGACGUGUCUUCGGCGACACCGAUGAGCGCAAGCGCGACCGCCAGGUGCUGAAUGGGAUAAUCCACCCGGCCGUACGAUGGGAGGUAUACAAAUCACUGAUCUACUAUUAUGUGCGCGGUCAAUGGGCUAUUGUCCUGAGACGUUCCACUGCUGUUCGAGAGCGGAAUGGACCUGAUCUGCGGGACGGUCAUCGUGGUGGGGUACAGAUGGCACGAUUACGUGCGCGCGAUGCUCACCUCACAGCUGAGGAUGCAGAGAACAGAGUCCGCAGUCAGGGUGAUAUUCGGACAAAGGCGGCCCAGGCAGAGUUUCGAGGUACGACGACUUCGCGCGGAGUGGUGGUCUGGAAUGAUUCAGACAAAGCAGAGCUGGAGCGUGCAGUGAAGGGGGCUAUGGCCACUAUUGAGGCUUCGAGUCCGCGAUGGUGGGCGUGGACGCUAUUGGCGGCGCCGCCGGUGGGCUUUGGGAUUGCCGCGUGGAAUCUGAUUGUCAACUUUGCGACUCAGAAAGGCUGGGAGAAGAAAAAGCAGCAGGAAAAAGCGCGGUUAUAA